UCAGAUGACAUUUUGUGACGGAAUCUGCUUCAAAGCUAUAUAAUUUCAGGCAAGUCAUACUUCUAAUUCAAAGGAUUCCAACUCUGAUGGUGGGAAAAGAAAAAGCUGGUUUAAUUCAUCUCCUGUUUUUUAAAAAAAGUAAAAGCAACAUAAUGGUCACUUAUGGGGAAAGGUUUUUGUUACUGGGUGCAGUCAUGGCAUUUACAAUAAUGGUGGCAUGCUCAUCCUCAACAACGGUGACUGAGUACUCUCCUGAAAACACUGACACACUUAAAGGAUUCGAAGAGUAUAAUGACACAACAGAUAACAGUUCAGAGAUGCCUCGUCUUCUAGAACUUCAAAGCCCUUGUACUGAGGAUGACCAGAGCUUCUGUAUGAAUGGCAUUUGCAGUUACCACAGAGAACUCAAUACACCAACAUGCAGAUGCACUAAAGACUACACUGGAGAAAGAUGCCACCAUCUGCUUUUGGAUUCUCACACAGAAGAAGGCCCUGAAAGGUGUAUUGCCAUUGGAGUUGGCAUUUUAUUGCUGAUUGGUGGCACAAUGGGUGUUCUCUACUGUUGUAUUACAAAAAGAUGCAAGAAACAAAAGUCCCCAUACCAGAUCUGCCCUCCAGACAGCGCAGUAUGAAGACAUAGAAGGGGAUGCUGGCGAACGACAAUUGGUGUAAAAUCCUGAGCUCAUCUCAGUAGGUUUUGACAUGGCCAGGUUCUUACAACAUUAUAUGACUUUUGAGUUUUAAAGGAUCUACAAAGCUCCUGACAUAGACCCUCUCUGACAGCUCUUUGGAAAUAUGUCUCUCUAAACAACUGAUGUGUUCAAGGGGAAGGGAGGGAUUCAGGAGUUCUGACCCAGGGACUUAUUCUCCAUUAGUUUAUAAGAGUUCUACAGCAUUGUUUGUUAUGAAAUGGCUUGUUAGAAUGCUGCAUGAUGAUUGGUCCAUCAGUGUUCCAACCCCUUACAAUAUCCAGCACAAUUUCACUACUUAGGAACAAAGGCAAAUCACUCCACCUGUGAUAACCACAUAUCACUACGCCACCAAAAUCAAAGAAAACAUCUGUCAAAAUACCUCCUGUCAAGGAAGAUACUGAGACAUCAAGGUGUCUUGUCAUAUGUUCCAGUUUAUAUUAAUCUGCACUACGAACCAGUUAGCUAUUUUAAACAAGACGCUGUUUUGGUAUUUUAUUUGUAGUGCAUUCCACUCAUUUUCUGUAACUUCGGUCAGAUCCAGUUGUCAGAUAUUCAGUUUUAUUUUUCUCCUUUUAGUUGGUAUCCGUCAUCAUUUUGUGAUACUGACUUCGUAAUUAUUAUUAUUUUUUUUUCUAAAAUUUAGUCAAUUAUUUUUUAUUAUUUUUUCCCCAAUUUGGAAUGGCCAAUUAUUUUUAGGCUCAGCUCACCGCUACCACCCCUGCGCUGACUUGGGAGAGCGAAGACGAACACACGCUGACCUCUGAAGCGUGUGCCGUCAGCCGACCACUUUUUUUCACACUGCGGACUCACCAUGCAGCCACCCAAGAGCUACAACUUCGGAGGACAACGCAGCUCUUGGGCAGCUUACAGGCAAGCCCGCAGGCGUCCGGCCAGACUACAGGGGUCGCUGGUGCGCGGUGAGCAGAGGACACCUUGGCCGACCUAACUCUCCCUCCCCCCGGGCGGCAGUCGGCCAAUUGAGCGCCGCCCCCUGGAAGCUCCAGCAAAGGAAUAGCCUGGACUCAAACUCGCGACGUCCAGACUAUAGGGCACAUCCUGCACUCUACGCGGAGUACCUUUACUGGAUGCGCCACUCGGGAGCCCCCUGACUUCGUUAAUUUUUAACUGUAGAUAUUUUAAUAUUUUUUGACACUAUUUACAUUACUGUCUUAAACAUCCGACUCUCACCUUUCUUCACUGUCUGUCUUCUCCUUUACUACCACGCACUCACUCUCUUUACAGGUACAAACAUGUAACAUUGGUGGAGUUUCCAUGCAUGUUUUCUUUUAGCUUGAGACAUUUUGCUCGAGAAAUGUCUCGAGUAAAAUGUUUUUUUGGGUUUCCAUUCGCUCAGUUUAUUUUACUCGAGUAAACCUGGCUUUUCACCCAACUUCAUGCAAAUGAAUGGGAAAGGUGGGGGUUGAUAUGGAAAUUAGCUAUGCGUAAAGUACUCGUAAGUGCUGUUUUUGAAGAUUACUAGUGCAAUUUUGUGAAAAUGUGGUUUCCAUGCGCAGAGAACUGGUGCACGAGUGAAUUUAAGCUGCUGUAAUAAAGCAAAAUACCUUGUGUCUGUUUGGUUAAUAAUGUGUUUUACUUGCCCAAAUUGUUAUUUAAAUGUCAUUGGCGGGGUGGCAUGUUGUUAGUAUUGAAUGUGUUUCAACUAAUUUAUAUUAUGGCUCAUUUAUUAAAAAUUAAUUGAGAGAUAUAAAAUGAAACUGACCAACACAGUUAUUGCUGAUCACCAAGGCUGAAAACCAGCGGAGACGUAGGAUUCUAAAGCUCUGUGCCAGACAUCUUCCACGUAUGCUCCCAAGGCUGUCUGGAUUGGGAACAGUGGAUGUUUUCCCUUUGUUUCGGGAGCUUGAACCUCCAAACAUCCUCUACCAGCAAGUCCUUACGCCUUGUUAUCGAAUGCCAGUGGCAAGCGAAAGGACGGUUUGGACACAUAUUCAUCCAUCUUGCUUGUGGGAAGAGGUUGUUCUGCAUCACUCUUUCAGAUCUGCAGUGGAUAGUCCUUUCACGUCACCAGGGCAACAUUCAGCAUUAUAGUGGAACUGAUAAAGGAAGAUAUGCAGCCAAAAAGGAAUUACGUACGGCCUCCUGUGCUAGUGGAAAAAAAGGGAGUGGCAUUUGCUCUGUAUAGGCUGGGGUGAAUAAAACAACAGUUCAUCGCUGUAUUUACAAGUUUGUCAACUCCCUUCUUCAGAAGCACUGCAACACGUACAUAGCUAUGCCAGAUGUAACUGAAGCAAAAAGCAUUUCUCGUGGGACCGUCCCUCUUCUCCCGAACGGCACCUCCUUGCUCGUUCCUGCAUGUAGGACUGUUUUAAUUUUUUUAAUUUGUCCCUAGCUUGUGGGACUGUGCGCUGUAUUCCUCUAUCUGAGAGGGCAUCAACCACUUGUUGGUACACAUGCUUCUUACACAUUUCGGGCAAUCGAGCUGGCUCAACACAUCCAAGUCACUAACUACACUUAUUAAUGCCCGGGUUUCUUCCUCUCUCCAGCAAUUUUGAGUGGAGGGCAGACACGCAUUGUCUUUGGACAUAGCUGGGAUCAAAAGCAAGGAAAUUCAGUUACAUACAUUUAGUAAGCAGCUCACCUUAUCAUCAUGGUUAACUUUAGCGUAGUUUUUACAGCAAGGGUAUUCUCAAACAGCUGCUUUAAUACUAUAACAAGUGCAUGUCACAGUUCAUGGUGAGUGGUUUUAUACAGAACUGUAAACCCAAAAGAGAUAUACAACAUGGCAGGCCAGACACAGCAAAAAACAAUAAUAAAGAAAAGCCGCCCGCAUUAUCAUUAAGGUGAACUACACCACAGCUAACCAUAAAAUCAGUCACUACGUUCUUCUGUCUUGGAAUCCACAGUAACAAUUGACCUGAUCCCUUGCAAUAUUUAUAGUUAAGGAUAAACACGCUCAUUAACAUUUACACGUGAAAUGUGGGUUUCCAUGCAAAACUGGGCUUGGGUUUUCCCGUGUGUUUCGUCAUUUACUCAAGUAAAUGAGAUUUACCUUAUCCCUCUCUUUGGCCAUUUUUUUUUUGGCCACAAACCUGACUUACACGAAUAAUUCUCCCAAACGUGCACGUGCAUCACAUUUUCACGUGUAAAUUGCCCCGCAUGGAAACCCCAUGAUUGACGUGCUAGAAAAAUACUUGAAAUGAAAUUAAUACCACAAAAUAAACAAAUUGGGCUGUUAAAUACUUAAAUGACUGGCUUUCUGAAAAAUAAAUACAAUUUGACUUUAAAUUAAUUACUUAAUAAUUAAUAAUCUUCAUCCCAACAGUCACCUUAAACAUUUAUAAAUCAGUUUUAUAAAAGCAAUAAGGCACUUGAGGGCAUGGGUUGUGCUGAAUAUUGUCUGACUGUGUCUCUUGCCUAACACAACACACCAAGUAGUGGCAAUAUCCAGCACAACCCAUGCCUUAUUGCUUAAUCAAUCUUACCUGGAAUGAAUUGCUAUUGUAUAGGUUGGAAUCUCCCUCUUCCUCAGCUAAGAACCUUGGAGUCACCCUGGACCCCUGCCUCUCUUAUUCCCAGCACAUCUCCACUCUGGCACGCACUUGCCGAUUCUUCCUGAGCAACAUCCGAAGAAUCCGACCCUUCCUCACCAACUAUGCUACCCAGCUCCUGGUCCAGGCCCUGGUACUCUCCCGCCUAGACUACUGCAACUCCCUCCUGGCUGGCCUCCCUGCAUCCGCCACCCGUCCGCUCCAGCUCAUCCAGAACUCUGCUGCCCGCCUGGUGUUCUCUCUGCCUUGCUUUGCCCACGCUACUCCACUACUCCGCUCGCUCCACUGGCUCCCGAUCACCGCUCGCAUCCAGUUCAAGACUCUUGUACUAGCCUACAGAUGCCUUGACCAGACUGCACCCAGCUACCUCCAGACCCUCAUCUCUCCCUACACCCCCACUCGACCUCUCCGCUCCGCCUGCAUUAGACUAGCUCUACCUCCGCUACGCUCCCCUGCCUCCAGAGCCCGCUCCUUCUCCACCCUUGCUCCGCAGUGGUGGAAUGACCUUCCUACAGAUGUCAGGACUGCCCAGUCCCUGACCACAUUCCGGCGCCUCCUUAAGACUCACCUCUUCAAACAGCACCUGUAGAACUCCUCU